AUGAGGAGUUUGCUUCUAGUCGUUGCUCUCUUAGGAGUUUUAAGCAGCGUGGCAACUGUGGAUGAAGAGGGUUCCAACUAUGCUUAUAAUAUGAAGCAUGCCAAGGAAAUUUUCGAUUCCAUGAACAAAGAGGAGAAGCCCUGCUGGAACUUUUACGAACACGCCUGUGGAAAUUGGUCCACCGCAUAUGAAAAUGAUAGACAAAAAUACACCUCGGUGCUUGAAAAGAUAAACUAUGACGUGAGCAUGGAUUUAAUUCAUUUCAUGGAAGAUACCCGUUUGACCGAUAAACCGAAGUUUGUGCAAAAGGCCCAUGACUUUUAUACGUCCUGUAGCCAAGAAUACGAAUUUGAUUCGUUGGUCUAUAUGAAGUGGUUGGAGGAACAUGAAGGUUUAAAAUGGACUUUGCUAACACCCCCUAAUGAUAGCAAUACCAAAUUUGAUUGGGUCCAUACUCUGGCCACAUUCCGCAAAUAUGGCAUGAAUGGUGUUUUCAUCCAGGAAAUGUUGUAUCCCAAGGACGAAGAUGCUACGAAAACUGUUGUUGGUAUAAGCAAAUUUAAGCAACCCUACGGAUUCGAUUCGAUUGCUGCAUACGAAAUCGAGGAAAUAAAUAAAACUUUUAUUUAUCCUGCCGAUGUCAAGCCUGUAGUAGAGUUUUACGACGAAAUCCAUGACUUUGAGGAACUGUUGACCAAAUUGGACGAGCUGAAAGAGGUGGAGCAUAAAAAGAAAUUGAUGACUGCUAAAGACUUACUUGGGCCAUGGUAUAAGAGAUAUCUUGAAAUUGUUCUCGAUUUGGAAUCGCUCAACCCCGACCAUGAGGUUUUCAUUAGUGAUAGGCUUUAUUUGGACUCUUUGGAUGCACUACUCAAGGAAUACGAUGACCAAUUUCUUUCACGUUAUUUGGAAGUGAAAUUUUUGAUCUAUUUACGUUAUAAUUUUAAACGCACCUCGGACGAGGAUUGCAUUAAAUUGACACGGGGCCUUAUGCCAAUGGCCAUGCAUUGGAUUUACGAACAAUUGCAUCCCGAAUUGGAACAGGAAAUUCCGUUUGUGAACGAGAUGUUUGAAGGUGUCUUAAAGUAUGCCAAGGAAGCUUUGCAUUCGGACAAAAGCGGCAUGGUAACACCUGCGUCGCUCACAAAGUUCGAAAAAAUGCACUUCAAGUUAGGCAAUUUACCUCGCGUCGAUUCCAUCCAGGUUUUGGAAUCCUUUUACAGCAAUUUAACUUUAGUAAAUACCGAUUACUAUGGCAAUAACUUGAAAUUGUUGGGAUUCUAUUUCAAAGUCUACCACACCUCCACGUCCUUUGCGGAGAUUAAGAAUAUCAAUCAAUAUUUCAAUGAGACCGAACAUUAUGAAACUGCCACGGAUGUGCGUCCGACUUAUAUGGCGGCCUCUAAUCUCAUCGUAGUCCCAAGUGAGCUUUUGCGGGCACCCAUCUAUCAUUGGGGCCACAACAAGUUCUUCAAACAAAGCUCUUUGGGAACCAUCAUGGCCUACUACAUUUUUUCUGCACUCGAAGGGAAAGAGUUUAGCACCGACGAAGUAACCAAAGUUGCUGGCAUUGGCAGUUUCCAUAGUUCGUAUAAAUUCAUCUUUUCGUCAAAGCCCGAGGAAAUGAAAGAGUAUCAGGCCAUUACAAAAUUGAUGGACAUGCCUUUGGAGAAGGUGUUCUUUUUGAACGCUGCCCAAUUUUAUUGUGAGUGGUUAGGUAGCGCGGAUACUGUGAAUAGCUAUGUCACGUAUUUGACUGAGUUCUCUGAUACAUAUGAUUGCAAAUUGAAUGCCUUCCUAAAAGUGUUUCAGUAA